CACCUUCAAUUCCUUCAAACCUCCUAUUGCGCUGUUGCUGCCAACUCGCCUGCCUCGCCACACUGCCACCGCCCACCAGUGCUAUCGGCCACCUGUUGUCUUCAGAUGUGCAUCACUCAUCAUCGUCGCCCUACCUCUUAUUUCCACUGGCAGUGGCGCGUGGACGUCGUGGGAUGGGGGUGGCCGACAACAUUGGUGAGAGGCGUCGGCUUGGUGAGGCAGGUUGCAACGACACAGUACGAGGUUUUGUUGGGCUUUGUGGAGUCGUUUGAGAUGGCAGAAGACGGGAAGUUCCGAAUUGAGAAGUUCGAUGGUACAGAUUUCAGUUGGUGGAAGAUGCAAAUUGAAGAUUUGCUGGUUCAGAAAGAUUUGGACGUGGUUUUGGGUGACAAGCCAGAAAAGAUGUCGGAUGCAGAUUGGGCAGGUUUGGAUCGGAAAGCUAUACAAAGGAGUCAGUCGAAGACUCGUGACAGCUCAGGUGUAACGUGCUGGAAGUGCAAGGAGGUAGGGCAUUUUAGGAAUCAAUGUCCGAAUGAUAAGAAAGUAAACAUUGCUCAAGGCUCUGCGAGUGACGAGGAGGUCGCUCUGACUUGCUGUGAGGAAAGCAAUGUGGAUUCCUGGGUCAUGGAUUAUGGUGCUUCAUUUCAUGCCACCCACAGCGGUGAAGCAUUGCAGAAUCUGGUUAUUAGAGACUUUGGAAAGUUGGACGAACACGAACACGAGGUGAAGUUCAGAGAUGGGCAGUGGAAGAUCGUGAAGGGAAAUCUUGUCAUGGCCCGUGGAAAGAAGAGAGGUUCGUUGUACAUGGUCGGGUUACCAUCUCAGGGAGUGACCAUCCCAGUUCAGAAGAGAAACAAAGUCCGGUUCACAGAGUCUCGUGGGCAGAAUAAGGUUGUCUGUGCAAGAGAGAAACCUAGAGGCAUUGGUCAGACUCAGGAUGAACGAGCGUGGAAAGGUUCAAGGGGGCCAGUCAGAGGUAUUUAUGGCAGUGGGAGCUCAAGAGGCGCUUCAGCCAAGUUGCCUAGAAGACAGUGGGUCAGGAGAACCAGUAUUCCAGUUGUUGGAACAUCUCCAGAAAAUUUCUUGCCGAGUAUGGAGAGUGUUUGUUCUCAGGAUGUUCUAGGAUCCGGCAGUGUGCGUCUGCAGUGGGAGCCGGUAGGGACCGAAGACGAGUCAGGGGCAGAUUUUGCCGUGACUGAUGUGUUGGAGCUUGGGAGAGCUUCAACGGGCCUUUCAGUUGUCUGAUGAUAGGGCCGCUGCAACAGGAGAACUGAGGAAGAUUACUCGAUGUACAGGCGAUCAUGGCGGAUGGCAGUUGAUGUUUAUCAAGCCUCCAAGUGGGAGAAUGUUGGGCUUUGUGGAGGCUUGUUUGUCGGCCCGGCCCAGUUGUGCGUAGCCCUAGUUUUUUUCCCCUAUAUAUAGAGGGCUUGUACUUGUAAUCUGUACCACAAGUGAAAUAAGAAAAUCCUCCUGUUGUA